UCGCUUCAAUCAAAAUAACUGCAACAUCUCAAGCAAUCCUCCAAUAUUUCGAAUUCAGUGUAUCGUUCGCAGAGCUAAGGAACUCAGACAUUCCAUAGUAAAUCAUUAGAGGAGUGAAAACCUGGACCACCAUUGACGCAACCCAUUUGCAAUCAUCGAUGGCCCAAUGGAACGAGAACCAGUUCCAGUCUGUAGGAAGAAAGAUCAUUCCAGUUCCUCCUCAGGAUGUUCUUCCGCGAUCGGGCCACCUUGACACUGACCACUCUCGCCGAGACGCAUUCGAUCCUGAUUGCUCGAACGGCUCGAAGCGACUCCGCGCGAUGCGCCUGCAAACAUCGAUCAUCAUAUCGACCGCCGUUGCUUUGAUCUGUUCCGCGAUGGAGGUGGCAGAAACGAUGUCAAGAUCAGCGAUGCUGGCGCAGCGGCCAACCAGGAUCGUCGGAGGCAAGGACGCCGAGAAAGGACUGCAUCCUUGGCAGAUGUCGGUGCACUGGGGCGACAGAUCGAAGAAGAUCCAGCCGAGACACGUCUGCGGCGGCAGUCUGUUGACAGCAGGUUGGGUGCUGACGGCAGGACACUGUGUCACCCUUGCUCCUUCCAAAGGGGAGUACCUGAUCCUUGGUGGGAAGUACAAACUCGGCGUUCCGGAGGACACCGAGCAGAGCAGGCUCGUCAAGAACGCUUAUGUUCAUCCACUAUACGACGGGACCGUAGCACCGUACGACAUUGCCCUGAUGAGCCUAGAACAGCCUUUCGACCUGAACCCAUUCGUUUCGACUGUGGCUUUGCCAUAUCCGGACUCGAUACCAUCCGGAGAUGUCAUGCUGAGUGGGUGGGGUAGUAUCGGAAGAACACGACGUCCAAAGACCCCGGAGAAGCUGCAGGCAGCCGUGUUGCCUAUCGUCGAUUACGCUUUGUGCAAACUCACAUUGGACAAGAGUCUGAAGAGGAAAGACAAGAAUCCUCUGCAUCCGACAAAUAUUUGCACCGGACCUUUGGAUGGAAGCUUGUCAGCUUGCAAGGGCGAUUCCGGAGGUCCUCUGGUGAGAAGGAACGAUUUCGGCGAAGCGGAAGUGGUCGGCAUAGUUUCCUGGGGACUGUUCCCCUGCGGUGGUAAGAACGCCCCCUCGGUUUACACGAGAGUGUCCGCGUUCGUGACGUGGAUCAUCGUGAUCAUGUUAAAUUAUUCCUAAUCGCUGCUCGUCGAUGUUAUCACACUCCUAAUCGGACUACACCGAUUAAGAAGAAUUUCCUGACAACUGUGUUAUAAAUACACGUACUUCGUUCCGAUAAAUAGAUAGAAUUAAGUGAUCGAAUUCCUCGCGGAGAUUGCAGAAUGCAUUGUUAAAAAUAUGCGGCAUUAAAAGACAACGUAUCUUCGAUAGACCGAUCGUUCUUAUCGCGUUCGUCUCCCCACCCACUUCGCGAUCCUUCUUUCUGUAUCGUAACCGACUUGCAAAUAAAAACGCUCCUUAUCCAG